AUGCAUUGCAUGUCCCAUCAUCCAUUCACCCCUCAACCAACCAACCCCCAGCAGGGCAGGGACUGCAGCAGGGAAGAAUACCCUGGUGCGAGUGCGCAUGGCCACAGAUGCGCCGUGCUUUGCUUUGUGUGGACACUGCACGGGACAUCACAUCAUACAUGUGCUUCCCCAACCCCAGCAGGGCAGCACGGCAACCUCCCCCGGUGCGAGUGCGCAUGGCGAUGGAUGCGCUGCGCUUCGCUCGCCUUACAUUGCAUGUCUCAUCAUCCAUUCACCCCCAGCAGGGCAGCAGCGCAGAGUGCCCGUGUGCGAGUGCGCAUGGCAAUGGAUGCGCUGUGCUUUGCGGACGAGCGCUGGCUCGUGUGCGGCUCUGAUACCACGGGAUCUGCGCCGUCCACCAUCGUCCUCUGGGAUACCUCCCGCCCCCCCUCCUCCUCCGCUGCACCCUCUGCCUCGCCUGCUGCUACUGCCACUCCUGGUGCCUCUGCUCCCAGCGGCGGGGAUGGCGGCGUGGCUCUCUUUGAUUCACGCAUGCACAAGGCCAUCACUCGCUUCUCACUGGGAGGCAGUUUUGAGGUGAGAGGGAUCAGAGGGGCGAGGGGAAGGGAGGUGAGAGGGGGUGAUGGGGGGUAUAGGGAGGGAUGGCGGUGUGGUGACGUCAGCAGCGUUAAGCCCGUGACGUCAGCAGCGUUCAGCCCCUGUGGUCGGUUUUUCCACGCUGCCUGCUCGGCCAACUACUGCUUCCUCUUCGACUCCCGCUGCCUCCCCUCCUCCUCCUCCUCCGCUGCUGCUCCCCCCUCCUCCUCGUCCGCUCCCCCUUCCUCUUCCUCCUGCCCCUCCCCCUCUCUGCACGCUCUCUUCUGCCUCUCCCACGGCCCACCCAUGCCGUCAGUGCAGCACUCCGUGCAGCAUGCGGGCUUUGUGGAUUGUGGGGACGAAGGGGUCAAUGAUGCCAGGUGGCUCUCUGCUUCGCCUGGCUUCGUGACUGCCAGUGGCAAUGGCAGUGUGGCUGUGUGGGACGUCUCUUUGGCCGAUCCCCUCACUGCCUUCUCCUUCGCACACACUCGAUCUAUCAACACUGUAAAGCAGUCCACAUGCCUGGCUGACAAGGCUGUUGCUUUGGCGUCCCCCUCCCUGCAUGGCAGGUUGCGCGGCCACCCGGUGACGCCUGCAUUGCCUUUUGAGGCGUCUCAAAAGCCUUUUCUCUGCUCCUCCUCCCCCUCCCUCCAUGACCAGGUGGCAGUGGCACCCGAUGAUGCCUGCAUUGCCACCGGAGGGGAUGAUCAGAAAGUGGUGAGCGCAUUUCUCUCCCCUCUCGUCCAUUCCUAG